GAGUGAUUACUGCUAUCGAAGGACUUCUUGCAGAGAACGACGACUUUGCCCAAGCGAUGAAAAUCGACAUUGGACAAUUGUCAAUAGUUUCUGAGGCGCACGCGGUUGCCGAAGCAAAUAUGUUUCUGGUUUUCGUCGCUUCCGCUUGUAAGGAAAAACUUGAGGGCGAAAAGUUCGGGUUAUUUAUCUUCCUUACGCGGCCAAGAAGUCUUGCGAAAUUCUUGUCUCCAGAGCAAGUCGCACUGUUCCUUUAA